AUGACUACUAGGGAUAAAGAUUUUUCUGCAGAUAAUAUUAAAAAAGAAUAUGAAUUUAUAGAAGAUUCGAAUUUUUACAAAAUUUAUGAUGAAUUUAAUUGGCCCUGUAGCCAUAGUAAAUAUAAUGAUAAUUAUGAAUCCUGUCCUUUUGUUUCUUCAGAUAAAUGGACAAUAUUCGAUGAAGUUAAUAUACUACUGGAGGAAGUGUAUAGCAAUUUAUACAGGGUAUAUGCUACAAAUGGAGGAAAUAAUAAUGAUUACUUUGA